AUGCUGCACGCUUGGUGCAAGCACAACUCAUGUAUUCUCGCAGAUGAAAUGGGUUUGGGUAAGACGAUCCAGUCGAUUGCGUUCUUGGCCGCCCUCUUUUACAAGUAUGAUCUGUAUGGGCCUUUUCUUGUGGUUGUACCGUUAUCAACAAUGGCGGCAUGGCAGAAAGAAUUUGCGCAAUGGGCACCGGAUAUGAAUCUUGUCACGUACAUGGGAGAUGUGAAUUCGCGUGAGCAGAUUCGACAGUUCGAGUGGUACAUAGCUGGUACAAAGAAAAUCAAAGUGAAUGCAGUUCUUACUACCUAUGAGAUCCUUCUCAAAGAUAAGCCUUUUCUGGGCAGUUUUCAAUGGGCAGCAUUGGCUGUUGACGAAGCUCAUCGGUUGAAGAAUGACGAGUCGUUGCUGUACAGCUGCCUCUCCUCGUUUAACUGCGAUCAUCGUCUUCUGAUAACUGGCACUCCGUUGCAAAAUUCGCUGAAGGAACUCUGGGCAUUGUUGCAUUUCAUCAUGCCCGAGAAAUUUGCGAGCUGGCCUGAGUUUGAAGCUGGUCAUAGUGACAAGGAUCACAGAGGAAUCUCGGCACUUCAUCGCAAAUUGGAGCCAUUCCUUUUGAGACGCGUUAAGAAGGAUGUUGAGAAGAGUCUUCCACCAAAGCUUGAGCAGAUCUUGCGAGUGGACAUGACCGCUCAGCAGAAGCAAUAUUACAAAUGGAUAUUGACGAAAAAUUAUCGUGAACUGUCGAAGGGAGUGAAAGGGUCCAUUAAUGGCUUUGUAAACCUCGUGAUGGAAUUGAAGAAGUGUUGCAAUCAUACCUCACUUGUUCGGCAAUACGACCAUUUUGAAAACGACCCGCAAGCGCGUUUACAACAACUGCUGAAGUCCUCUGGAAAACUAAUAUUGUUGGACAAAUUGCUAUGUCGCCUGAAGGAUACUGGCCAUCGCGUCCUGAUAUUCUCCCAGAUGGUCAUGAUGUUGGAUAUUUUGCAAGAGUACCUUCAACUGAGACGGUUUCCUGCUCAG